AUAUUCAUUUAUUUCGAACUAAAAAUUAAUAAUUAAAACUGAAUUAGUUCCUUUUACUUAUGCGUUUUAAAUAUUGAGUAUUUUUAAAUGAUUGACCACCAAAAUUACCCAUAAUUUGAUAAGAUCGUUAAUAUCAUAUAAAAGUUGUACAAAUAUAAUGAUUAGACUAAAUUCUAGUUCAUCACAGAAGUUAUAAAUAUUUAAUAGGCAAACUUUUGAUGUUUUAUUUAAGUACUUUAAUUACAUCUUUAUUCAAUUGUGUUUUUAACAUCGAUUUUAAAAUAAGCUGUAAAAACUGAAAAUGGUAUGAAUCAAUGAAAAAGAACCCAUAUUAUUAUGAAGAAUCAUAGUUUUUAAAAUUUGAUCAUUUUUGACAACGCUCCUAAAUUUCAACGAACAUUUUUUACGUAGUUGGUUACCCUGAAAUCACUAAACCUUUUCGUAAAAAGUUUGCCGAGUGAAUAAAUUAAAUGAAUCAAACGUCACGUCACUAAGGUAUACAACUAGUCAACACAUAAGACAGCAGCAGCUGUUUACAUGCAUGACUCCGAAUUUGCAUGCUGCACGUAUCUCAGAAACUACUGAAAAACAUGGAAGAACGUGUUGAGCCAGUUAUUAACAACAGCACCGACUCCCAACUCAUGGGAGUCAUUGCUGCUGUUUUUGCUGUUAUUAUAACAAUAAUUCUUUUUGCCUUAUGGAGACGUAGAGCAUCUGUAGGCCAUAAUGUACUUAUAACUGGACUUUGUGAUGCUGGAAAAACACUAAUUUGGGCACGUUUGAUGCACACUAAAUAUGUGACAACUCAUACUUCUGUGAAAGAAAAUAUCAAUGAUUGUGUAGAAUAUAAUGUAAAAAUAGUUGAUAUUCCUGGACAUGAAAGACUGAGAUAUAAAUAUUUUGACAAAUAUAAAAAUUCAGCAAAAGGUCUUGUAUAUGUAAUAGACUCAUCAACAAUUCAAAGAGAUAUUAGAGAUGUUGCUGAAUUUCUUUACACAAUGCUGGCUGAUUCAACAAUGAGAAAAGUUCCUAUAUUGAUUCUUUGCAACAAGCAGGAUCAAACUUUAGCUAAGAGUAGUAAUGUUAUAAAAACUCUUCUUGAAAAAGAAAUCAAUCUUUUAAGAAUAACUAAAAGUAACCAGUUGGAGGCUACUGAUGCAUCUUCCACAAAUAUUUAUUUAGGAAAAUCUGGAAAGGACUUUGAAUUUUCUCAUCUUGAUAACAAAGUAGAUUUUGCAGAAAGCAGUGCUUUUGUAAAAAAUAGUGAUACACCAGCUCAGCUUGAGAUACUGACCUCGUGGUUAAUGAAUUUAGUUUAAUGUUAGUAAUUUUCUGUACAAGUUAUUCAAUUUACUGACUUAUAUCUUACAACUGCCAUGUUGAAUUGAAAAAUUAAUUCAAAAAUAUUUUUUAAUAAUAAAAUUUUAAUUUUUACCA